AUGUUUGGGAACGGCCAAGUCGAACAGCGACCUCUCACCAUGGCCGCGCCAUCUCAGAAUCACUUCUACUCCCAGCCCGCGGAUGCGAGCCGUUCGAGGAACAAUUCGGACGCCAUGGACAUCUACGUGAUUACCGAUAGGGAUACUGCGAGAGAGGAACCGUCUGGCUACAGCUCUUGGAACCGCAAUGGCUCGCCGAGCAUGAACUCUACUUAUAGCAAGAGUUCCGAAAGACAGUCCUUUCAUGAAGAGAACGGACGCACCUACCAUGCCUAUCGCCGAGGAGUCUACCAGCUGCCGUGCGACGAGGAGGAACAGGAUCGCCUCGACAUAUUCCACAAACUGUUCACCGUGGCUCGCGUCUCGGAUGGGUUGAUCUACGCUCCUCACCCGAGAGACGGUCGAUUCUUGGACUUGGGAUGCGGGACUGGGAUCUGGUCGAUUGAUGUGGCCAACAAAUACCCUGAUGCGUUUGUCGUGGGCGUCGACCUUGCUCCUAUCCAACCGCCCAACAAACCGCCCAACUGCGAAUUCUAUGCGCCGUUCGAUUUUGAGAGUCGCUGGGCCCUGGGCGAGGAAUCAUGGGAUCUGAUCCACCUGCAGAUGGGCUGUGGUAGCGUGCUAGGCUGGCCGAAUCUGUACCGCAGGAUCUUUUCCCAUCUACGAGCGGGUGCUUGGUUCGAGCAGGUGGAAAUCGAUUUUGAACCCCGAUGCGAUGACCGCCCGUUGGAAGGGCUGGCUUUGCGCCAAUGGUACCAGCUCCUGAAGCAGGCCACACAAGACACAAUGCGCCCCAUAGCCCAUAACUCUCGCGACACCAUCAGAGACCUUCAGGAGGCAGGGUUCACGGAAAUCGACCAUCAGAUGGUGGGGCUCCCUCUGAAUCCAUGGCACCAGGAUGAACACGAGAGGAAGGUUGCCCGGUGGUACAACUUGGCCAUCUCAGAGAGCAUCGAAUCUCUCAGUCUGGCCCCGUUUAGCCGGGUCUUUGGCUGGGACUUGGAUAAAAUCCAGCGCAUUUCUCGCGACGUGAAAUCGGAAGCUUUCAACAAGGAGAUCCACGCCUACAACAUUUUGCACAUAUACCAGGCGCGGAAACCCGCCAACAAUUGA